UGUACCGCAGUGUGGACACCACGCGCUAGGUGUCUCCCUCCCCGGAGUUUGUAGUUGGAAUGUCAAGACCGAGCGGCCUCCACUACAAAGCAAAUUUCAAAAUGGCUGCAGUUCGAACAAGGAGACGAUAAUAUGAGAUAAACUUUCGUUUUCACAGCAAACACAAUUAUUGACAUUAAGAAAAUAAAGUAAAAGAAAAAGGAUGUCUGGAUGCUACGACUGAAUGUAAAAAGAUGACAUUUCCCGCGUAACGUCACUAGUUCAGUCUGGCUGCUUUGAAAAGGGAGUCCCUGUUGAAGAGGCAGUGGAGAGAAUGGGGAGCGACUGCAGAAUUCAGCCAAUGUGGCUGUUCAGCACAAGACUGACUCCAGGACUGAGCUGCAGCCCCCGAAGCAUUGCUCUGUAUACUGUGCUGUGGCUUUUAACUGCUGCUAGAAUCUGUGGCGCAGCUGUGCGGAGUGAAGACCGAUCACCAGCGAUGGCUGCUGGAUCUGCCCCCUGCUGGCAGGUGGAGGAGUUUGUUGUGGCUCAGGAGUGUUCUCAAUGCACCGCCUUCGAAGCUAUGUCCUGGCUUGCAUGCAGCACAACGGGCUAUGUGGAGAAAAUCAACUGCGCCAAGUCCAAGAAGGACGAGUACAAAAGCUGCCGCUCUGCUGUGAUGGAGGAGCGUCUCUUCUGGCAGUUCGAGGGCUCCGUGGUGGGUCUGACCUUCGUCUUUGCCUUCCUUGUGGUCGUCAGGCAGCGGGCGCUUGACCGGCUGGCUUCAGAGAAAGUUCGCAAACAGAUUGAAUCCAUUUAAAAAAAAAAAAAAAACACCUUCCCCAGGACUCACAGUGCUGAGAAGCGGACAUGUUCUCAAUGAGCCAGCUGCAGCUGGAUUUGAAACUUCAGGGGGAAGGAUUUCAAAGUGAGUUUGAUUACGACUGAAGAUGUUUAAGUGUGCAGACCGCAGAGGAGACAGCAACAGGCAAGGCUGCUUGAACAUCUCUGAGUGUUUGAUGGAUAACACUGCCCUCUGCUGUUGGGUUGAGGUGACUCUUCGGGAGUAAACUUGAGGGAGACUUGCGAUCAAAUCACUUUUUGCUUUUUAAGUUGAAUUUAAUAGACUGAGGACAUUAUAUAAUGAAUGGUAACUCAGCCCUGUUUUUACUGUGUAUAUGUCUCAAUUGUGGAGGAGGGGGAUGCAUUUUAACAGCCUGAUGUUUCAAUAAAGUAAUUGUAGCAAAUUUUAACCCAUUUUGCUCUUCCAUUUGCUACAUAUUAGUGGUUGGCAAGGAUAUGAAAAUUUGUUUGAUGAGUGUUUUGAUAUUGAUAGUAUUCUUCCAAAACAGAGAAGCACAACUGAAAUAGUCAGGUAAGGCUGCCACUGUGCCCUUACCGGAGCCAUGUUCUGACACAAGGCUUCCAGCACACACUGCUUAACUGGAAAAGUUGGCGGGUUCACUUCAGACAUGUGUCGUCACCAGUGGGCAGAUCAGGUCUAAUACCAGAACAUUUUUUUUUGUGUGUUUUUUUUGUUUAGUUUUCCAAGUCAACUGUCAUGACCAUUUCAGUUUUUUUCUUUAUUUUUUUUUAUUGGGGGGGGGGGGGGGGAGUUGGUUUUGUUUAUGACGGACACAAAAACAUGUGUUUGAUAUGGUGGAAAAUAAAUGUGAUGUAUGUGUGGCAUGGUAAUGAACGGAACCCCUAAAGGUACAUGGUGUAUAAAUUAUAAUGGGAGGGUACAAUGUUGUGCGCAUGACUUACUAAAAUAUCUUGUGCUCAUGAGAUUGUAAGUCGUGUGCUCAAGACAGUAGCCUCCCUUUUUAAUUUACAUCAUGUACCUUUGAGUUCUGUAGUAAGAAGACAAAUAAUGUUAAACAAGCAUUUUUUUUAUAAGCAAUCAAUUGUAAAGGAUAUCUAUUAGGCUGUUUCAGAGAACUUUUGAAUCCUUAUCUGCCCACUGGUGACAACACAUGUUGUCUGAAGUGGCCGUCUUUCCUGACAAUUUCCAAUCUUUUUCAGAAUUGUCAGCUCUUACUGUUAAGUAAAAUGCAGUUUUUUGUGUGUUUUAAUAUCCAUUAUUCUUUCACUGGAAGGCUGAUUUUAAAACAAGAUAUUUCUAUGCAAUGGAAAGUAGAUCCCUCCAUUUAUAUAUUGUAGUCCUCUCUGUAUAUGCAAUGGAAAGUAGAUCCCUCCAUUUAUAUAUUGUAGUCCUCUCUGUAUAUGCAAUGGAAAGUAGAUCCCUCCAUUUAUAUAUUGUAGUCCUCUCUGUAUGUUAAAUACGUUUUUGGUUUGCUAUUUA